AUGCAAACACCAUCUGCUUUUCGCCCUAUUUCACUCCAAGGUAGAAGUUGUUUUACUAUAAUAAGGGACCCUAGUGUCAGAAGUGAUCAACAAAUGUCUUUUGUCACAAAAACUCCAAUACUAAAACCCCUUCAGUCCUUCUAUGAAAAUCAAAAACUUACUAAAACAGUUAAAAAAAUUGAUAGAAAUUGGACGUUAAACUCCACAAAAUAUGUUAUGCUUAAAUACAGACAAUGGCAGUUAGCAUUAAGACGUGCCAUUAGUUUUGUUGAUUUUUUAAAGGACUCUUCAGAUGACCUUCAGAAAUAUUUUUAUAUGAAGAAAUCCCCAUCCCAAAUUAAAGAUAAAAUUAAUAACACAAAAGCAGGCUAUAUUAGUUUAAUAGAAAAUAUUAAAAGUGAACAAACAGGACUACCAACUAAUAUCCCUACCAAUUCAUCAAGUAAAAAAAUUCCAAUGGAUGUUUUUUAUUUUAUGGAUAGGUUUUAUAAUGCCCAAAGAAGUGUUUUUAUUGAGGAUGUAGUUGCUGAGAUUGAUAGUACAUUAAACGAUGAAUCCAAAAAAGGAAGAGUAAUUUUUCAUUAA